CGGAGGAAGAAGGCCCGCGGCAUCCGGGAUGAAGGAGGACAAGGAGAACGCCCGGCCGAAGGAGAAGCGAGGCGGCCCUCUCACCCCGACCGGGCUGGGAGCGGCCAUGGGCGGAGCGGACGCCAAAGGAGGCGGCGAGCCUGACAAGCUCGAGCGGCCUAAGGACAAGAAGGAGACGCUCAGCAAGGUAGUGAUUCGACGCCUGCCUCCCAGUUUGACCAAGGAACAGCUUGAAGAACAUCUCCAGCCUUUGCCUGAGCAUGACUACUUUGAAUUCUUUGCUAAUGAUUCGAGUUUGUAUCCACACAUGUUUUCCAGAGCAUACAUCAACUUUAGAAACCAAGAAGACAUAGUUCUAUUCAGGGAUCGCUUUGAUGGUUAUGUUUUUGUUGAUCACAAAGGUCUGGAGUAUCCUGCCGUAGUGGAAUUUGCACCGUUUCAGAAAGCUGCCAAAAAGAAGAGUAAGAAAAAGGAUGCCAAAGCUGGGACCAUUGAAGAUGAUCCAGAGUACAAAAAAUUCCUAGAGAGCUACAGUGCUGACGAUGAAAAGCUAACAUCUACUCCUGAGACUCUGCUAGAAGAAAUAGAGGCAAGAAACAAAGAACUGAUAGCAAAAAAGACCACUCCCCUGUUGAACUUCUUAAAAAACAAGCAGAGGCUGAGAGAAGAAAAACGAGAGGAGAGGAGGAGGCGGGAACUAGAGAGAAAAAGACAAAGGGAAGAAGAGAGGAGGAAAUGGAAAGAGGAAGAAAGGAGGAAAAGGAAAGAAGCUGAAAAAACGAAGAAGGUGGAGAGAUGUCCAGAGAAGGAAAGGGACCGAUCCAAGGAUGAACCAAAGAUUAAGCUACUUAAGAAGCCAGAAAAGGAUGAAAGAGACUUUGAAAAAAAGGAAAAGGCCAAGAAAAUGGAGAAAGAGAGUCUGAGGGAGGAAAAGGCUGCCAGCGCAAUCAGCAGUGCGCCAGCCAAGCGCUCCGAUGGGGAGGUUAAAGAGGAGAAGGCCAAAAAGUUAGUGUUCUCUUUUCAAUUGGAAGAUGAGUGUGGCAAAGACUACAGGGAAAGAGAGCGAGAGUAUGACCGGGACCGAGAGUAUGAGAGAAUCCAGCGUGAGAGAGACAAAUUCAGGCGCCAGGAAGAUGAACGGCGGAGGCAGAAAGAACGCUUUGAGAAAGAGAAGGUUUUCAGAAGAAAAGAGGAAGAUGUGAAAAAGGAAAGAGACUGUCUGCGAGAGAAAGGAAAGCGAUCUGAACUCACCGACUAUCUAGGCAACAUGGAGAAACCCGAGAAAGUAACCAAAGAGGAUAAAAGAGAAGAAAUGGCUAAGAGGGAUCGCAUUAGAAACAAGGAUCGCCCAGCCAUGCAGCUCUACCAGCCAGGGGCUCGAAGCCGGAGUCGUUUAUGUGCAUACGAUGAAAUCUCUCCAAAGCCGUCUGAUCAGGGAGCAGAUAAAAAGCUGGAAUGUGAGACAACUAACGCGAAAGAGGAAGACUGAUGAGCCGUGGGUUUUUGGACCGACCUAGCAGCCAAAGAGCAUGAACUGCGCAGUCCAGAAGUGCCUUGGAGGAGGAAGAGGGAAAAGGGGGACCAUACUUUUGGAUGUCUCUGGUUUCAAAGCCUCAAUGCAGAGUCGAGAUUUAAAUUGUAUUUUCUCAGUUCAUUGUUGGGGCGGAAAGAGGAGAUGGUGAUUGUGGCA